CUUAAUCAGUGGCUCUCCGCUGACGAAAAUGUUUCGUGUUGCGUUGUGUUGUCGCGUUCGCAUUGUUUAUAAAACAAAUUAAUUAUAUUUAUUAUUAGUUUAAGAGCUAAAGUGGUUUAAAUUGUGCAAUGCUACCACACGCGCUUCAUAAAUGCGCGAGAGCAUAAAUAAUGCUGCCUGCCAAGUCGUCGUGGUCGUCGCCGUCGCCAGCGCUGUCGACGCCGAAUUCGUCGCGCCACCAAAUGAAAAAAAUACAUAUUAGAAAAAUGCUUAAAUAUAUUAAUACAAAUUGAAUAAUAAUAAGCAAAACGUGGUGUUUAACGUUGAAUAUGUGUGUGCAACGUUUAUCCAAGUGAAAUGUGUAUGGAAAAAUCGCGCGCAAAGACGUCGCAGACAACAACAAAAACAUUAAAGAGAGGAGAAAUUGAGCGAGAGAGAGGGGCGCCGCUGCCGCUGUCGUUGCUGCUGCUGCUGCUCAGCCAGCACGAAAAACAACAAUAACAAACAAGAAAAAAAUAAUCAAAAUGCGCCUUGACUAAGGCAAAAGACUUAAAGAAGCAGCAGUCGCUUCUCCUUCUCUCCAUCUUCCCACCCGCAAUCAACCAAAUUACCAAAAAUCAACUUAGUGCAACACCUUGAAGCAACUGGAAUUCGACAGCACUCUUAGCUGCAACUGCACCACUGAGCAACCUCUGAGCACCCAGCAGUACCCACUCAAUACCCAGCUGGACUUGUCAGCAUGCAGGCGAAGAAGCGUUAUAUACUUGUCUUUGUCUCCUGUGCAUUUCUGGCCUAUUGCUACUUUGGCGGCUAUAGGCUGAAAUUGGCACCGCAUCGUCCACGUCGCGCCCAGCACGAGUCGGCCAAAGAUGGUGGCGUGCAACCUUAUGCACAAUUGCCCAGCUUCAUCGGCUAUGAGCAUCGCAAGCCGCUGUCCAAUGACUCAAUUGUGGCAUUUCCCACUGCCAAAAGGAAGUCAUCAGUAGCUGGAUGUCGCAUGGAGACGUGUUUCGAUUUUACCAAAUGCUAUGACCAAUUUCUGGUCUACGUUUACCCGCCGGAGCCACUCAAUUCGCUAGGCGCGGCACCGCCUAGCUCGGCCAACUAUCACAAGAUACUCACUGCCAUACAGGAGUCACGAUAUCAUACCAGCGAUCCCGCCGCCGCCUGCCUCUUUGUGCUGGGCAUCGAUACGCUGGAUCGUGACUCUCUAUCCGAGGAUUAUGUGCGUAAUGUGCCAUCGCGUUUGGCCCGUCUACCGCAUUGGAAUAAUGGACGCAAUCACAUCAUCUUCAAUCUGUAUUCGGGCACAUGGCCAGACUAUGCGGAGCAUUCACUUGGCUUUGACGCCGGCGAAGCCAUUUUGGCCAAGGCCAGCAUGAGUGUGCUCCAAAUGCGUCAUGGAUUCGACGUCAGCAUUCCGCUCUUCCACAAACAGUUCCCAUUGCGUGCCGGCGCCACGGGUUCCGUGCACUCCAACAAUUUUCCCGCCAACAAAAAGUAUUUACUGGCAUUUAAAGGCAAACGUUAUGUGCAUGGCAUUGGCUCGGAAACGCGCAACUCGCUCUUCCAUUUGCAUAAUGGCCGGGAUAUGGUUAUGGUGACCACCUGCCGUCAUGGCAAAAGUUGGCGCGAGCUGCAGGAUAAUCGCUGUGACGAGGAUAACCGCGAAUAUGAUAGAUACGACUAUGAGACGCUGCUGCAGAAUUCUACAUUUUGUUUGGUGCCACGCGGACGUCGCUUGGGUUCCUUCAGAUUUCUCGAAGCAUUACAGGCCGGCUGCAUUCCCGUGCUAUUGUCCAACGCCUGGGUAUUGCCAUUUGAAUCGAAAAUCGAUUGGAAACAGGCCGCCAUUUGGGCUGAUGAACGGCUCCUGCUGCAGGUGCCCGACAUUGUACGCUCCAUCUCAGCGGAACGCAUCUUUGCCCUGCGCCAACAGACCCAAGUCCUUUGGGAGCGCUACUUUGGCUCCAUUGAGAAAAUCGUGUUUACAACAUUCGAGAUCAUUCGCGAACGACUUCCCGAUUAUCCAGUACGAAGCAGCCUCGUUUGGAAUACAGCACCAGGCGCUCUACUAACAUUGCCCACAUUUGCCGAUAGUUCUAGAUUUAUGCCCUUUCAACUGAAUGCGAUGGGUGUGGAGCCACGUCACAACUACACGGCCGUUAUCUAUGUGCAAAUUGGCGCCGCUUUAGGCCCCAAUGCGGCGCUUUACAAACUAGUCAGGACCAUAACGAAGAGCCAAUUUGUGGAUAGAAUACUCGUCUUAUGGGCCGCCGAUCGACCGCUGCCGCUGAAGAAACGCUGGCCACCCACAUUCCACAUACCGCUGCAUGUCAUCGCCUUGGGUGGCAGUUCCCGUGCUGUGGCAUCGCCCACGGGACAAACAGGAGCGGAGGCGCGACCAAGUAUCUCUCAGCGAUUUCUACCCUACGAGGAGAUACAAACGGAUGCGGUGCUCUCGUUAGAUGAGGAUGCCAUACUCAAUACGGAUGAACUGGAUUUUGCCUACACGGUCUGGCGUGACUUUCCAGAGCGCAUUGUGGGCUAUCCAGCGAGAGCACAUUUCUGGGAUGAUUCCAAGAAUGCCUGGGGCUAUACGUCCAAGUGGACGAACUACUAUUCAAUUGUGCUGACGGGUGCGGCGUUUUACCACCGUUAUUACAACUACUUGUACACCAAUUGGCUGUCGUUGCUGCUAUUAAAGACUGUACAGCAGUCCUCCAACUGCGAGGAUAUCCUAAUGAACCUGCUGGUUUCGCAUGUGACCAGAAAACCGCCGAUUAAAGUGACACAGCGCAAGGGUUACAAGGACCGGGAGACGGGUCGAUCGCCCUGGAAUGAUCCCGAUCAUUUCAUCCAGCGACAAAGCUGUCUCAACACAUUCGCAGCGGUCUUUGGCUACAUGCCGCUCAUACGUUCCAAUUUGCGCAUGGAUCCCAUGUUAUAUCGUGAUCCCGUAUCGAAUUUGCGCAAAAAGUAUCGCCAAAUUGAAUUGGUUGGCAGCUAGCGUUAUGUGCAAAUUGGCAAUAGCUACAAACGUUAAGAGUACUGAGACUCCAACCCCUCCCCAAUCCUUACACGCACACAACACAACACACACACACACAGACACUUCAUAAACUGCUGUUUAUUGACGCUGCUAAGCGCCGCAAACUAUGUUAAUUAUUAUUAGUAGCAAAAAUUAGUUAGGAUUUAUAAAACGUAUAUAUAAAUUUAUGUAUAUGCAUGUAACUAAAUAGCAUUCAGCGUUGCAAUUAUAUAUAUAUAUAGAAAUUAUAUAUGUAUUUAUAACACACGCAUAUGUACGACAGAUUUGUAUAUGUAAAUAGGAAAAGUUACGAAAAAUAUGAAAAAUAAUAACUCUGAUUAGCCUUAGUUAAGUUACGCUCCCGCGGGAAUGCCAUUUUUUGCUAAUUUCAAAUUAGCCCUGCAAAUUUUCUAUAUAUCUAUAUAUAUAUAUACGAUAUAUAUAUAUAUAUAUAAACAUAAGUAGAUGAUUUUGUACUGUGUAAAAGCGACGCGUUUAAUUUUUUGUAUGUGUAAAUGUUUUGUAUGUUUGCUAAAUGUAAUUGUAAUUGUAAUUGUUGUAACUCUCUGAUAUGGAUAUGGAUAUGGAUAUGUAUAGAUAGUUAGUGUUAUUUCCGAUGUAUGUAUCUUUAGAAAUUUUUAUGUUGAACUAUUGAUGGCAAUUUGUUUAGGCUUAAGCUUGCAAACAUAUUCCUUAUUAAUAAUUACAAAAGAAAAAUGAAAAAUAUGAAAAACAAUGAAAACUGUGGCCAUUAAGUCGCAUUAAGAAUACAGCGACAACUGAUAAACAACAACUCAUUAGCCAUGAUUUAAUGUGCACAAAAAAAAAACAAACAAAAAAAC